CUCUUAGUCCCAGAAAUGCCGAAGAAAAAGCAUGCUGAUCCUUACUCAUUGGUAGGAAAAACAGCGAGGAAUGGUGAAAAGCAUAGUUUCAUCAAAAAGGAUCAGAAGCCAUUAUCUCUCAACAUCAGAGAUGCUUUUUACAGCCACAGUCAGACCAACUCAGAGUCGAGUAGUUGUGUCUCUUCUCAGGCCGAAAGCAAUAAUAAAAAGUUGAAAUAGACCUAAAAUCAACAGUACAACUAUUGAUAACGAAAUUGGGUACAAAAGUCUCCGGGCCCUCAGCUCUAAAAAGAGAAAACUAGUCAGGGAAUCAACUGUACAACAGUUCUGUAAACCUCCUAGAAGCAAGCUUAUCUCCAAGAAAGGCUUUACCUCAACUAGAAAUAAUCAAUCUGUAGUAACAAUGAAGAAGGCAAAGCUACUCAAGAAGAAAGGAUUAAGGGUUCUGAAGAACCCUGAGAUCGUCAAGUUGGCUCCUUUCUCGAUAUCUCUAGUAACUGGAAAGAAGACCACCUGUGGCUAUUCGACUUCUGCUACUCCGAAUAACAGGCAGUCUUUUGGGACUCCCUCUUGUCUUAAAAGUAUUGCUGAGAGGAACAAAAUUCUAAAGGAAAUCGAGAAUUUAUCUAAAGCAUUACUAAGCCAACAGGGAAGAUUCCAGAUGGCAGUGGAGAAGAUCAAGGCUGAACGAAAGAAGCAUAAGAAAACUAAAUAAACAUCUUGAAAAGAGUGAACUCAAGAAGGACCAAAUUGAGUACCUCAAGAGACGUAUCGAGGACCUCAAGAGGAACGAGGAGAACCUCCUGCAGGACCUUGUCCAGCAACAAUCCAUCUCAAAGGAUGCUCUGCAAGGACUUGAGAAUCUCCGUGUCAAGUUCGAUGAAGAGAAAAAGCUGAUGAAGGAUGAACUUGAUCAUUACUACAACCUUUUACUUGAACAAGAACGGGAGAAAUACCUUCAAUUGCAGGAAAGAGUCAGGCAACUUGAAAAAGUUGAAAGACAAGUUAAAGAGAUGGAGGUAAAAAAUUCAGGACAAGAACGUCGAAACAACGAACAAAGGGAAACUAUGUAUAGCCUACAAAGUAUGCUAGAAGAUAGCAGGAAGAAAUGCCAGGAACUUGAAGAAAAACUUGAUGAUAAAACCACUGAAUUGGAGCUCAAGGAAACCAAGUAUAACACCGUUAUUAGUAACCUCAAGGAGAAACUUGCAAAUCUUGAGGAAAAGACAAACCAAAAGUAUCAAGACCAUAUCAGGGAGCUUCAGGAAGAGAACCAAGUCAAAGAUGAGGAGAUUAUGAUGAAGACCAAGGAAAUCGAAAUGUUGCAUGCAAAUACAACUACCAAAUUUUCCCAUCUUGAGAGCCGUAAUGAUGAGCUCGAAGCUCAGAUUAAUCACAAAGAAAGAGAUUACCUUGAAGAGAAAUUUAGAAGAGAAGAACUUGAAUCUGAAGUUAAGAGACUUAAGGAAGAACUUGAUGAUAUCCAGACUAAGAAUGCUAUGACAGGUAAAUAUGGAUUCAAGGACAGCUACCUAGCCAAUGCUCAGCCUCAAGAAGUUCCAAACUUCAAAGCAGAAGAGCCAAACUAUGUCUACGAAUGCAAGAGCCAGAGUAAUGAUAUGGAGUAUGAGAACAUCUAUGGGAAAUUAACAUCUGAACUGACCAACCUCCGAAAUGAUAUCAACAAUUUAAAAUCAGAUAAGGAAAGUCUGAGCUCAUCCAAGAAAGCCCCGGUGCCAAGCGUUGCUUAUGAAACCCUGAAUUUCCAAGAGAAUAAGAACUAUAAUGCUUAUUACAAAAAGAGCUUUAAUAACAAGCCAAGGCAGGUCUUAUCAACGAAGAAAUUGAAUGAUGAUCCACAGAGAAACAUUCAGAGAAUCAAGAGCAUUGACAGCAACUUCUCAGACCUUGAACGACUCAAUGCUCUUGAGAAGCAUCUGAAUGACCAAAAUGGACUAGAUGAAGCACUCAGAUCUGAGACAGAGAGUCAGGAUAUUAGUUAUAGACAAAGCGAUAUUGAAAAUUUUACUAGCGAAAUCGAUCCACAAUACUUGUUACAGAGCGAAAAUCAGAGCCCAAACCAAGAGUCUUACAAGAACCAGCAAUCAGCAAGGGAGAUCAACAGGGUUUACUGGGAGACUACGAAUGAGAUAGACACUAAUGGGGACGGAAGCAAGCAGAGCAAAGGUAUCCCAAAUCUGAAUAUGGACAAGGUCUACAGCAGGUAUUCAUAAUUCAAUUUAUCCAAACUUCAUG